GCGUCUUAACCUACCUCUGUGUACUUCCUCUCUGAUCCUACAGGUGCAGCUGGACUUUGCACUAGGGUAUUUGCUAAACGGAAAACGUUCGGCAAAUUUGUGUUAAAUGGUGGUUUACCGCGAUUAAUAAUGGAACAUUAAACUUGGGACUAUACAGAUUUUCUCAGAUUGCCAGCUCUGUUUUUUAAAUAGGUGUGUGACAUUGGAAAGGAAGAAUGUUCAUGAAUGGCCCGACUUCCCCCUCAAGAGGUUUCUCCUCAGAAGCAACCUCUCAGAGGACUGAUAUGUCUCGACCCAGUGCAAAAUCCAUCUAUAUGCAAAGGAAGGAAUAUUUGGAGAACAUAAACAGAGAAGGAGAUGCUUUUCUGUACAGAGUGGAGCACUUGUUUACGUGCGAGUUAAAUGGGAAGGAGGCGAGCAACUCUGAUGACAGCGUGGCCAAGCUGAAGAGUCUGGAGAGCCGAGGGAAAGUGUGGGGUCAGGAUAUGAUCCUGCAGGUGCAGAGUGGACACUUACAGCUGUGUGACGUGGAAACAAAGGAGGUCCUGGAUUCACUUCCUCUUGGCAGCAUCUCACAGACGAAAGCAAUUCUGGACAGCUGUAUAUAUGACUCCCUCUUGAUGAUCACAGCUCAGGACAACAGCCGGAGGGCUCAAAAUGUUUUCUUGUUCCAGUGUGAAGAAACUGGGGCAGAAGAGGUGAAAGCUGACUUAGACAGAGUGAUCCAGUACAUGGAUGAACAUCCAGGACUCCCACCAAGUGAACCACCAUUGGACAUCAGGAGUAAUCUGGAGAACAUAAUAAGUCAAGGUUAUUCAGGGGGUUUUCGUAGACCUGUCCCCUCUCCAGUGCACUCCACACCUCCUCCUCCACCUGAGUAUCCUCCUUCUCAGUCCAACAGCUAUCAAGACUAUGAUGAUCACCAGCCUCCAGUGUUUCCACCCAGAGAGGAGCGCUAUCGUGAACCAGGCAUGCAUGAACGACCAAACAAAACAAAUCAGCAGCCUUCUCCUAACGACAUGGAGAGGAGUGUGGAAAUCUUUAACCAUGUUGUGGCUGACAUUGAGUUCUUUACUGGCAAAGUUGAAGCAGCUUUAGCACAAGAGGCCGGAAAGAAGAAAAAGAAAAAGAAAGGCAAAAGCACAAUAGUAUAUGGUGAAAACUUUCCUUCUAUAGAGGAAUUUAUGGCCUGCCUUCAAAAAUUUAAAUAUGGCUUUAAUCUCCUUGGGAAACUUAAUGGACACUUAAAUAAUCCCGAGGCCCCUGACUUUAUCCACAGUCUUUUCUCCUUCCUCACUUUUCUGGUGAAACAGUAUCCUCCUGAUGUGCCUCCUGCAGUUGUGAGUCCCUUUCUCACAGAACAAGCUCUGCAGCUCCUCAGCCAGGUGAUGACUCCAGAGGAAUAUCAGCUUUGGAACAGUUUAGGAGAUGCUUGGAAUAUUCCCAGAUCAAAUUGGCCGAAUGCAGAUCAGAUACCACCAUAUAUUCCAGAGUUUUAUGAUGGUUGGCAGCCGCCUGCACCGGCCCCUCCCCAGCCAGGUCCCAUGAACCAUCCUCUGUCACGGAGCAACAGUCAAAGGUUUCCAGCUGAGAAUGAUAUACAGCAACGACCUGGACAGGAUAACAGGCCUUUUGGCGUUCCGCCUGAACGCUCUGGAGAACCUCCGCUCCACAUGCGUGUGAUCUACGAUUUCACAGCCAGAAACCGUCAGGAGCUGAGUGUGAUGAAAGGUGAAAUGGUACAGGUGGUACACAAGUCCAGGCAAUGGUGGAUAGUGCGAAACAAUCGUGGCGAGGAAGGCCAUGUGCCUCCGAAUGUUCUAGAGCCUGUGAAUGGUGAAGCUCCAGGAAGAAUGAAUCGACCUCCAAAUCUCGACAUGAAAUCCAGCCCAGAAGAAGUCAGGACCUGGUUACAGUACAAGGGCUUUUCCAACUCGACUGUACGGAACCUGGGUAUGAUGAAUGGAGCAUUGCUUUUGGGGAUGAAGCGUGAUGACAUGCGAGCUGUGUGCCCUGAAGAAGGAGGUCGUGUUUUCUUCCAACUGCAGGCCAUAAAAUCAUCUAUGGCACUUGCCAGUGAAGCAGAUUAUAAUCACUACAAUGGCCGCUAAACCUGACAUCAUAGGCUUUGGUGAGGGAGCAGAUGCUGAUUAAUGGAUUCACUCUGAAGAUCACAACCGAAGUUAUUCUCCAAAAACAUUUUUAAAUAGGUAGUUAAAAUCUAUUGUAUUUGAUCGUGUUUAUGUUGUAUUUAUCAUCUAAUUUUUAAUAUGAAGUUAAUAUUGAAAUAUAAAAAAAAGUCAUAUUUGUUGAAUAUUUAUAGAUUCUAUGAUCCAGGUUAAUCUCUCCACAAAAAAUUCCAAA